AUAGUAUAAAAGAGGGGAAAUCUUUCACAUCUUUGCCUUUUGGACUUAAUCUGACAUAGGACAAAGGAACAAUGAUUGCCUUUGUACUUCUGGUUUCCGUUGCGCUCUGCAGUGCUGAUUACGACAAGAAAGGUCAUUCAGGUGGAUUUCCAGUAUAUCCACCAGGAGGAGUGUAUCCACCAGGAGGAGUAUAUCCCCCAGGAGGAGUAUAUCCACCAGGAGGAUUUCAAUAUAAAUAUGGCACAUGCCCACAUGGCACCGGUGAAGGAGACUAUGGACGAAACUGUCAUUACGAUUACCAAUGUCCAGGGGUCCAGAAAUGCUGUUACGUAUACUACUCUUUGAGAAGAGUUUGCAUGGUUCCUCAAGAAUAUAGAAAGCCAGGAGCUUGUCCAUACUAUCCCAACAUUGGCGGAGCUGGAUCAUGUAACCAUGACUAUCAUUGCGGUGGUUCUCUAAAGUGCUGUAGAGGACAUUAUGGAAAUGUGGACACUUGCUCUUUUCCUGUAUACUACAGAGGAGGAGUCGGACCUGUUGGAGGAGUCGGACCUGUCGGACCUGUAGGAGGAGUUGGACCUGUCGGACCUGUAGGAGGAGUUGGACCUGUCGGAGGACUCGGACCUGUCCUUGGAGGCGGUCGUAAGAGAAAAUAUGUGUAUUAAAUAUGCAAACUUUAUAGAACACAUUGAAGAUAAGUUUGGGGCCUUGUAAAACAAUGGAAACGAAAAUGUCAACUUUGUUUAGACGUUAAUAAAAUUUGCAUAUAGUCUGUUA